CAUUCUCCGGAAGGCGUUUGUAUCAGACGGCGAAGCGACUCCCAUAGCAGCGCAUAGCAAGACUUGUAGCGAUUUUCCACUUGAGCAAAUUCAAAUCGUCCGGAAACAAUGAAGCUUUUGAUCGUGCUGGUUGUGCUGUGCCUGGGUGUGGCGACGCUCACCGAAGCGGCCCGUCCCGUCUCAACGGAAGUGGUGCAAAAGCUAAAGGAGCUGGAGCCGGUGUACAAGCAGCUGCAAGAUAAGGUGAUCUCCGAGGUGGCCGGAGCCAAGCUGGCCACUGCCACCGCUACGGAUACAUUCUACAAGGGCGUCAUUGCGGAUAAGGAAACGUCGCUGACCCGUUCGAUCCAGCUGGAGGAUGACAUGACUUACCAGUUCAAUGGACAGGCGUCGUCCGUCGAUGCGUCCUGCCUGCAGAUGCUCCGCAGUAUCGUGGACAUGAACAUGAACGUGGCCGGCUUUGGCUAUACGAACUGUGUGAAUAACGUGGAGGCGGGAGUGAAAGCUGAGCUGGACCGCGUCUAUCAGCUGCUGCAGGUUGACGAAUCGGAACUGUUCGACAUCAGUCUGCUGGAUGUGUUCAAGGGCGAGAACAUCAUUUCCAAUCCGGCGAAGAUCAUUGCCAAGCUGACCGAGAAGCGGUCUGAGAUUGAUGGUAUCUCGCUAAGCUUUGUGGCGGACAUUAAUGCGGCCGUUAAUGCGUACGCGUCCCGGCUGGGCGAUAUGCAGAACGAGUACAAAAGCUGUCUGCUCGGUAACGAGUCGGUGCUGAAGGCUUCGUUCGAAAGCACCAAGAACCAGCUGGUGCAAACUUGCUUGGGCGCAAUUGUGUAAGAAGCAAAGAUGUGGUUUAGAACACAAAUAAAAGGAUCAAUGAUAAAUGCAGCAGAAAA